CGAAUUGUUGUUCACCCUCAUGUGGAUGUGCCGUGCGGUGUGCGACAUAAAUAUCAAAUAAAAUCCUGAAACACAAACACGUGUAAUUUAUUCAUUUGGCACAUCUUUACUGAGUUAGUUAAAACAUUAGCAAAGAUCAACGCUUUUAAGAACUUUAAUUUCCCUGUGUGAAAAUGUCAGAAGAGCUGGGAAAUCUGUUUGAGUUUUGCACUACCCAGAAUCAAAACGGACUUCAAGGAAUUGAACAGAUUGACGAUGAAUUUAUUUUGGUAACAUUCAACAAAUCUGUCACCAAGUUUAAGGUUAUCGACCAGAGACCAAUUUGCAGUUGGAAUUUGAAUGAAGGCUUCUCAUGUGCUGCAGUGUAUGACGAGAAAAACUCGGUCUACAUUGCAGUGACGAAAAGUAACAAAAUCCUCUCUUGGGAGGAGAGUGCUACCAGCCUUGAGAAAAUUAAGAAAAACACGGUCCAGUCUCCAAUUUUGAAAGUCUGUAUUAUAAAUGGCAAUGCUAGUAUCGUCUUCCAAAAUGGAGCCAUCAUGUCAGUUGAGGAUGCUCUGUCAAACAAAAAACUGAAAGUUCCAGACGUGCUGCCAGGGAAAGCAUCACGGGUCUUUUUUGAGAAAGACAAACUCAAAGAAAUUGCCGUGUUUAUCUCAUCCGAUUGCUCGAAAUGCUGGACAGUGGAUGAUGGAAUACCGAUUAGAGAAAUCGACACACGCAGGAAAGGUUUCCAGCUGCUUGACGUUUCAUUUGUAGAAAAUUUGAUGGUCACUUUGUGGAGUGACAAGCAAAUCUUCAUGCUCGACUUCUUCAACAGUGAAGAGUUUCCUGGCAAGUGCCUUGGGAAGAUCCAAAGUUUGAAUGGCUGCAGUAAAGUUAGCAUGACUCCGAUGACAACAAGAAGUGUUGCAUUGUUUGGGACUAAUUUGACUGACUCAGCUGGAGUGAUUGGAGUCUUCAACCUCAAUUUCAAGGCAAUUCAAGUGACGAGAAAAAUUAAAAGCAAAGAAAGUUCUCCUCUUGUGUUUGGGCCGUUCUCUUCCAAUUUGUUCAUAUUCUCGGAGAGCCAAAUUUUCGCUGCACCAAUCAACAGUGGAGGCACACAGCUGUCUGCCUUGCUUGGCACGUCCAAUUGCGUUGAUAACACGGUUGAGGUUUUGGAGUGGGAAGAUACGCCAUCAGAAGUGACCCAGCUAUCUGUCCCACAAAACUUAGAAGCCACUUUUAGCGAACUUCUUAGCCAGGGACUCCCUGAAAACAAGAUCAGCGAUAUUUUGUUACCAGCCCUUAUGGAGAAGAAAGACGUCGCGUCUAUAACGCAUUUGCUACAAAGCAUGAAGAAAGUGUCUGAAGCCGUGUUGGCAAAGUUGGUUUCGUACUGCUUGCGGGGCGAAGACCAGGACUUCUCAGACGGCCACUCAGACGUUGACGACUGCUCUGCCUCUCUUCCACCUGAGUCGCCACUUAUGGGCGGGAGAAAACGAUUGCUGCACCUUGUCCUAUCGAAACCGUUCAGUGCCAUCAAACUGUUGCCAGAGGCCAGAAGGUACAUCUCCCCUCCAGACGCCAUGCUCUUCAUUCAGCACACAGCCGCACAGCUCUGCGACGGGUCUGAUCUGGUGACUGACUCGGAAUUCAUCAUGAAUCAAAUGGUCCAGUGGAUUUCUGUUCUCUUGGACGCACACUAUCAGUACUGCCUUUUGACGUGUGAUCAACAGGUCACCACUGUUCUGAAUUUCGUUCUCGCAGUUAUCGACAUGCAGAUCGCGCACACCAAGGAACUGGGGAAACUGAGGCCACUAAUUGAACAUGUUGUCAAAAAGUUUGAAUGCGAAUCAAAACCAUUUAUAUUCAAGAAAUCUGUAUUUCCUAUGACAGAUCCAAACUGGAUGAACAUUGUCAAUAAAUAGUUAUUUCUCUAA